AUGCCCUGGAACCCCAAUAUCGUUGAUUCUCAGAUCCUUGCCAUCCAUGCUGCCCUGGUCCCAAGCGGUGAGAAUGGUGAAGUGGUCUUGUUCGGCGGAGACGAACACUGGAAAGACCAACAAGAGCCAAACGGGGAUUUCCGCAAAACACGCGUUUAUGAUGUACAGACCCAUCAGCUGGUCAGCUCUUCUAUUCCAUCGCCAGACAGUGAUGUCUUCUGCUGCGGCCAUGCAUUUACUGGGGAUGGCCGGCUAUUGAUCAUUGGUGGAACCAGUGUAUGGGAACCUGAUCAUCCGGGUCCGGGUCAUCCGCACGAACUGGCAUUUGGGGGCCACCGACGCUGCUGGCUGUACAAUGCUCACGAGCGCAAAUGGGUUGAAACAGCUCAGCUUCUACCCGAAAAUCCUCAUGGCGGUGGUACAUCCGGUGGAGGUCGUUGGUACCCUGGAGCGGUCACCCUCGCCAAUGGCGACGUUUUGUCCCUUUUCGGCCACGCCCGUAGAGAAGACACACGACAUCGUAACGCUAAUCCAGAACGUUUUGAUGUCAACACCAAUAAAUGGUCGCAGAUGCCCCUGCUUGCCAACGACGGCAAUAACUAUCUACCAAAUCAGGGUGAACCGAAAGUUCGUCCCUUAUUUUUUGCCCGCACCUUCCAACUGCCCGAUGGGCAACUCUUCUUCGCGACGGCUAUGCCAGUUGACUGGGCAAGCCACACCACAGGAAAUCUCCCCGCUACCGAUGGUCCUCAUUUCAGCUCAUUCUUCGACCUUGCCAGUGGUGCCUAUAUAGGCACGCCAAUUCCAGAGGCUGCUGGAUAUGAUGGCUGGAGCUUUCCUUGCGUUCUGCUGCCUCUUCUACCUGAAGAAAACUAUAGUCCACGUGUCAUGCAUUGUGGUCGCGCAAGCGCGAUGCGUAUCGAUCUGAAUGCCACUGGUCCGGUAUGGCAGCCUGUAGAAACUGCACAGAAAGUGGACCGCGUCAAUAGCUGUGCUGCGCUUCUACCUACCGGACAAGUAUGCCUUGUUGGUGGAGUUAUGGAUGAGGAACAUGAUGGUGGUCAGCGUAUGCCAGCUGAGCUUUAUGAUCCCAACAUCGACUGGGCGGCAGGUCGAUACAGGCCUGGACUCGGCACAUGGACGGUGGACACUGGUUUACCAGUUCACAGCCGCAACUACCACUCAGCGGCAUUGCUGUUGCCAACCGGAACAGUAUUGACUUGUGGUGGAAAUAUCAAUCGGCAAAUGGGUGACCCAAACCUUCAUGGCGUCAAACGAAUUGAGCUCUUUGAACCCAACUAUGCAGUUGGUACACGUCCUAUAAUAUCCAGCGCACCAAAGUCAACAGCAUAUGGCCAAAGCUUCGAGGUCACAGUCUCCAAUCCUGCCAGCAUUACUCGCGUUGCGCUAAUCCGUAAUGGGUCUUGUACCCAUGCGUACGAUUUCGAUCAACGCUACGUUGGCCUCAAAUUUGACUAUCAUUCGGGUGAUAGCCAUGUUCGGGCAACAGCUCCGCCGAAUGGUAAUGUGCUACUUGAGAAGGGUGCUGAAAUCGAUCUGAAAGACAAUUAUGGCUGGACGUCGUUGUUAUGGGCCGCAGAGAACGGGCACAAGGCCAUCGUCAAGCUGCUACUUGAGAAGGGUGCUGAAAUCGAUCCGAAAAGCGCAGAGAACGGAAACGAGGUCAUCGUCAAGCUGCUACUCAAGAAGGGCGCUGAUUGGGAGUCGAAAGGCAAAGACCGCCGGACGCCGCUGUUUGUGAUAAAUGGGCACACCCAGAUGAUUGAGCUAGUUCUCGUCACUGAUGCCUAUCAAAGACAACUAUGA